CUCGGGCACCUCGCCCACCUCCCUGUCUUCCCUGGAGGAGGACAGCGACAGCAGCCCCAGCCGCAGGCAGCGCCUGGAGGAAGCGAAGCAGCAGCGCAAGGCCCGGCACCGCUCCCACGGGCCCCUGCUGCCCACCAUCGAGGACUCCUCGGAGGAGGAGGAGCUGCGGGAGGAGGAGGAGCUGCUGCGCGAGCAGGAGAAGAUGCGGGAGGUGGAGCAGCAGCGCAUCCGCAGCACCGUCCGCAAGACGCGGCGCGACAAGGAGGAGCUGCGGGCCCAGCGCCGGCGUGAGCGCUCCAAGACGCCACCCAGCAACCUGUCGCCCAUCGAGGACGCCUCCCCCACGGAGGAGCUGCGGCAGGCGGCCGAGAUGGAGGAGCUGCACCGCUCCUCCUGCUCCGAGUACUCACCCUCGCCCUCCCUGGACUCAGAGGCCGAGGCCCUGGACGGCGGCCCCGCCCGGCUCUACAAGUCAGGCAGUGAGUACAGCCUGCCCACCUUCAUGUCCCUCUACUCGCCCACUGAGCCGCCCGCGGGCAGCGCCGGGCGGCCCCUCAAGAGUGCCGAGGAGGCCUAUGAGGAGAUGAUGCGGAAGGCCGAGCUGCAGCAGCAGCGGGAGGAGCGCCAGGCCCAGUUCGCCCUGCAGCGGGAGCAGCUGGCGCAGCAGCGCCUGCAGCUGGAGCAGAUCCAGCAGCUGCAGCAGCAGCUGCAGCAGCAGCUGGAGGAGCAAAAGCAGAGGCAGAAGGCCCCCUUCCCCGUGGUCUGUGACGGACCCGGCCGAGGGCCUCCCCCGGCGGCCACCGAGCUGGCUCAGAAUGGCCAGUACUGGCCGGCCCUGAUGCCGAGCGUCUCUGCUGGUUUCAGGUCAGCCCUGUACUACGUGGACCUCACAGGGGGGAAGUGUGAGCUCUUGUCGGAUGGCUCCCUGGCUGUCUCCUCUCCCCGGCUGAGUCCAGACCUGUGCCGCAUCGUCUACCUGCAGUACCCGUCGCUGGUCCCCCACCAUCAGUGUAGCCAACUGUGCCUGUACGACUGGUACACCAGGGUCACCUCGGUGGUGGUGGACGUGGUGCCGCGGCAGCUGGGAGAGAGCUUCUCUGGCAUCUACUGCAGCCACCUGCCGCUGGGGUGCUGGUCCGCGGACAGCCAGCGAGUGGUUUUCGACUCUGCUCAACGCAGCCAGCAGGACCUAUUUGCUGUGGACACCCAGGUGGGCACUGUGACCUCCCUGACGGCUGGGGGGUUAGGAGGGAGCUGGAAGCUGCUCACGAUGGACCGGGACCUCAUGGUGGCACAGUUCUCCACGCCCAGCCUGCCCCCGAGCCUGAAAGUUGGGUUCCUGCCUCCCCCGGGGAAGGAACGGUCGGUGGUGUGGGUGUCCCUGGAGGAGGCCGAGCCCAUUCCCGACAUCUCCUGGGGCGUCCGGGUGCUGCAGCCGCCCCCGGAGCAGGAGAACGUGCAGUAUGCUGGCCUUGACUUUGAAGCAAUCCUUCUGCAGCCCAGCAACCCUCCCGACAAGACCCAGGUGCCCAUGGUGGUCAUGCCCCACGGGGGGCCCCAUUCGUCCUUUGUCACCGCCUGGAUGCUGUUCCCAGCCAUGCUUUGUAAGAUGGGCUUCGCAGUGCUGCUAGUGAACUAUCGUGGCUCCACGGGCUUUGGCCAGGACAGCAUCCUCUCCCUCCCUGGCAACGUAGGCCACCAGGACGUGAAGGACGUCCAGUUUGCAGUCGAGCAGGUGCUCCACGAGGAGCACUUUGACAAAGACCGAGUGGCCCUGAUGGGCGGUUCCCACGGCGGCUUCCUCUCCUGCCACCUGAUCGGUCAGUACCCGGACACGUACAGCGCCUGCGUGGCCCGGAACCCGGUGAUCAACAUCGCCUCCAUGUUGGGCUCCACUGACAUCCCCGACUGGUGAGUGCCCUCUCCCGGCCCGCGCCCCGUCCA